UCGUCUCCCAAACGAUCUUUGAAGCCGAAGCCGAAGCCGAAGCCAAAGCCCUAGAAAGGUCGUGAGUAGAAACAGGCAAAGAAUGGAAGGAGAAGAAUUUCUAUACUUGUAUACUUACCACCGCAUCCUAGUGAUUAACAUGAAGAAGUUGCUGAGCGGUGGAUUUCAAACAGCUCCUCCCGAUAUGACUCGAUUACCGGUGGAUGAAGUGAUUGAUUUUGACGAGGAAAAAUUGCCAUGCGGGAUGGGUUUCUUUGUAGAUGGAUCAAAACUGUAUAUGGUGGGAGGGGAAUGGGCUGAGGAAGAUCCGAUUUGGAAACCCUUUUUGAGGCUGGACGAGUCAAAGGGCGACAAGGGGAUUUCAUCGAGCUUGUAUGUGGCCGAUCUCUCUGGUCCUACCGUGAACUUCACCCACGUUCACGAGUUUGAAGCGGCGAAGCUUAUGCCCAGGUUGAUAAAGAUUGAGGGGCGGAUAUAUGUCAUGUCCAGCAAUUAUUCUUAUUACGCGAACGUAAGAACAUAUGCGUCCCCAAGUUUCGAGAGCUAUUGCCCUGGCCGUUAUUAUGAACCAAAUACGAUGCUUCAGACUCCUCCCUUCCACGAAUUUCCUGAAUGCAGUGUAAUGGGCUGUGCACGUGUAGGGAAUUAUCUGUGUUUCGAGGCUGGUCGUGAAUGCCACUAUUACAAUGUCACUAAUGGGACAUGGCGGUUUAUGCCCCACCACAGGUCCAAGUUGUUGUCAAUUAUACAUAGACAUGGUCUGGGACGGAAUCUUUGUCACGGACAGUUUGUGUCGGGAUGCGAGGAUGUUCUAGUCUCUGCUUAUUGCCGCAAUAUGGAGGCAUUCGAUUUUCAUCCUCCCCACCAUAUGGAGGCAUUCCUUUUUCCUCCUCCUGAGUCUGGUGAGGAUGCACCUGUCUUGUGUCAGAAAUUCAAGGAGGUGGAUGACGAUCUUUCCAAAAUUGCUAAAUCUCAAUGGACGAUUAGAGAUGGAUUAGUUCUCAACCUGGGCAAAGAGAAGAUGUGCGCCAUCUUCCCCGGUCAAUGCCACCCUAACCACCGGUUCCUUGUUUACAUAUUCAUUUUUCAAGUUUCCAAACUGCCGUCCAAUGAACAACAUCCUACCAAGCGAGCCAAGCGAGCCAAGCGAACCAAGGGCCCCAAAAUAUGUCUUGAGCCAACACCAAAGGAUUUCAUAUCCAUCACUUGUCUGCACAAGGGUUGUUACAACUUGGAUGAGUUUGGCUAUGAUUUCCCACGCCUAACUGGUGCCUUCUGUAUGCGCGAAAAUUCUGAGGUUGGUGAUAAAGUUGUCUCCUUUCAGGCCUUUGUUUAGAGUUUCUUCUCAAAAGGUUUAACCAAUGGCAUGUUGGAGAUGAAGAUGUUUCUAGGACUGUAUAAGCAGACUAUUUGUUCUUUUUUGUGUGCGCAUGACACAUUAAUUUUUUUAUCUGUUUAUUGUACAUGGUGUACAUGGGAAGUCAUGUGUCACAUAGAGUACUAUUUUCUAGUUUGUUUACUGAACGUGAGAAAGUUCCUUUGGUUUUUCAAUGGUUCCAUGGGAUUUGAUCCUUCCUAUUUCAAUGUAGGUAAUUUUUAUUA